ACAGUUAACAGUCCAAUUAUGUACAUUUCCCUCAUUAAUCUUUAUGGGUGCAACAGCAGCAGCAGACAGAAACAUCCUGCUUAUUUUUGACUUAAUUACAACAAUGGACAUCACUGAUGCAGACAAAACACUUAAUUGUAUCUCUACACAUAAGUAUUUUAUAAAAUCAAAAUAACAUGCUUAAUCGAUUGUGAGCCUUUCGUUACUCGUACAACUUUCUGUUCAGUUUUUGUAGUUGCCAUUUCCAAGCCUGUGUCUCCUAUCACACCCUAGUGGCCCGAGAAGGGGCGAUCUCUCUUUGUGGAAUUCUUCUUGUCUUCUUAGAGAGCUUUUGGGUUCGCUGGGUUGGGAGCAAUUAGCUUUUUUAGGCCUGUAAAGCCUAUUUAAACAAUAUGUGAUAUUGUGCUAUACAAAUAAACUUGACAUGUCAUAGCCCACAUGUACAGGGGCCAGAAGUAUCCUCUCUCUGUUUGGUCUGGAUCUCUCAGGACCUUACUGAGUCUACCUGUGGUGUUUACCUGUGUCGAGUGUUUCUAAAUCUAGUUCAUAGAGGAUUUCUAUGCUGUAAACCCUCAUGGAGCAGAAGGAAGAAUUCCAGUGAAGCUGACAACAACGUGUUAUUUUGUUCAGAUUGAUUUCAGGUACUCAACUGAUCUGGUUGUAUAUGAUUAAUCCACGUUGAGGGACUGCUACAUGUGUGCUUAUUGUGAGCAGCACUUUUUAACCUUUAGUUAUCUGUAAAAAAAAAAAGUUUUAAAAAAACAGCUGGGAGGGAAAAGGAGACUCAUUCAUUUGUCCAUUUACAAUGCUCUGAUGGAGACGAACCAAGAGGAUUACGAAGUGCACAAAUUCAAACAUAGAGGCACAGGAGAAAUAACUUUUUGCCAAAUGCUUUCCAUUAUGAUCCACCAUAAAGGUGUUUCUGCUAGUUUAAGGUUCAUGUUUGUAUCAUUUCAGCCUGAACUAAAGAAAGUAACAGUUAAGGUACAGUACUCGAGUAAAUUAGUUGCUUUCCUCCUUUAAACAUUAAUCAUCAGUGAUUAAAGUCCUUGUGCAGUCUUGUCUGUUAUGCAGUGAUAAGUCUCUUGUUUUGUGCUUCCAUCUUGUGGUUUCUUUGGGAACUACGACAUGAUCUGAAACCAUAUUUGGAAAAUAAUGUCCUCAUCUUUGCAGGGUUUGGAUGAGAGGAGAAAUGUCAAACAUGCCUGGGAUGUAAGAGUGGGAACGUUUUACCUCUCUCAAGAUGAACCAGCCUGAUAAAUCUUCACACCCUGAGGAAAUAAAGGAGAAAUGCAACCGAACAAAACCCCUGGCAGCAGACACACAAUACUGAAGGCCCUUUGCUAGAUGAGAUGACUGCAGGCUAUCAGUCACUCCUGCAGAGACCCAGCCGGCUCUCCGGUCCGCCCUUCUUCCUGCUGCCAUGGCCGCGGAGGCUGCCGGUCUCGAUGAUGCAAAGGCCGGUCUUGCAGACUGCACCGAGAUGGAGGAGAGGCUGAAGGACGGUAAUAUGAAGGCUGAUUUGGAGGCUUCUCUGCCUGCUGGACAGGAGGAAUUCGCAAUCCGGUGCAGAGAUGUGUGCCGGUCGUACGGCAAACUGAAGGUCCUCAGCAACCUCAACCUGACUGUACCACAGGGACAAAUUUAUGGCCUUUUGGGGCCCAGUGGAUGUGGGAAGACCACUCUUCUGAAAUGCAUCUUGGGAACUCUGAAGAUCUCGCGGGGUCACAUCACUGUGUUGGGGAAGCCACCUGCGUUCCCUGGUCAUGACGUGCCAGGGAAGAUGGUCGGAUACAUGCCGCAGGAGCUGGCGUUGUACAACGAGUUCACCAUUAGUGACACCCUGACCUUCUUCGGCCGAAUCCACGGCCUGACGUCAAAGGAAACCCAGGCACGCAUGGAUUUCCUCAUUGACUUCCUGGAUCUACCUCAGAAGCACAGUCUGGUCCGAAAUUUCAGCGGGGGUCAGAGGCGCAGGGUGUCUCUCGGAGCGGCUCUGCUUCAGAACCCAGAGCUGCUCAUCCUGGACGAACCGACAGUCGGAGUGGACCCUGUGCUCAGGGCCAAGAUCUGGCAGCAUCUGGUGGAGAUUGUGAAGACGGGGAAAGUCUCUGUCAUCAUCACCACACACUACAUAGAGGAAGCGAGGCAAGCCGAUGUGGUCGGCCUCAUGAGGAAUGGCUGUUUGUUGGCUGAAGGUCCUCCAGACGCAGUCAUGAAGCAGCACAGUGCAACAACCCUGGAGCACGCCUUCCUGCAGCUGUGUGAGACGUCGGACCAGGUCGUCUCUAAACGGGAGUCCAGUCCGCAGGGUGGGCCGCUGGCGAACAGCCAGUCAUUCGAGAGCGGGCGGGACGAGAGUCGGCCAAUUCUCGGGGUCGGACCAGGAGCUGCAGAGGAAGUUCCCAAAUAUUCAGCGGACUGGAAGGUGCGAGCCAGACACGUGCUGCCAAAGUGGAGAAACAUCGCUGCCCUGAUGAUCAAAACAAUGGUGCGGAUGAAGAGAAUGCCAGGCUCGUUGUGUUUCCAGUUCUUGCUACCCGUCAUCCAGGUCUCUCUGAUAUGUUUGUGUAUUGGAGGAGACCCAAAGGGGAUCCAGGUUGCGGUGGUUAACAACGAGACCGCCCCCUCUGCUUACAGCCAUUCACUGCUCUCCUUCCUGGACAACUCUAGCGUGCACCAGGUUCCCUUGUCCUAUUCGGAUGCUUUCGAUGGCAUCUAUAACGGAGAGUACUGGGGUGUCAUCGGCUUUGGCAAGAACUUCACCAGCUACCUGACAAAAAGGAUGAUGCAGCGGCAGGUUUCUAGAGAGGUGGUUGAUGGAGGAUCAGUACACGUCUGGCUGGACCUGACAAAUCGACAAAUUGCCUUUAUGCUGCAGAAGAAACUACAUGAGGCCUUUCAGGCUUUUGUGGAGAAUAAGUUGGGCAGUAUGUCGUACCUGGUCGACCUGCCAAUAAAGUUUGAAGAGCCCAUCUACGGCAGCCAAAACACAGACUUCACUACGUUUGUGACACCCGGAGCUGUGCUCAGUAUCACCUUCUACCUGGCCGUGGGUCUAACAGCACUCUCCUUUGUCCUGGAGAGGAAGGAGGGGCUUUUGGACAGAUGCUGGGUCGCAGGUGUGAGCUCUCUGGAGACGAUGCUGGCUCACCUCUUCUCUCAGCUGUUUGUCAUCAGCGUUCAGAUCAUCCUGCUGCUCCUCUUCAUACUGCUCGUCUUCAAGAUACCUAAUGAAGGCUCCUUGGUGCUGGUCAUAAUUCUGAUCGUGCUGCAGGGCAUCACCGGCAUCUCGUUUGGCCUCGUCAUCUCAGCCGCAAUCGACGACGAGCAGAGUGCCAACCAGGCCUCCCUGGGCAUCUUCUACCCCAACCUCAUAAUCAGCGGUAUCAUCUGGCCUGUGGAGUGUAUCCCGUAUCCUCUCCGCUACAUCAGCCUGGCUCUUCCUCAGACCUACGCCUCAGAAGCCCUUCGCUGUAUCAUGUACAGAGGUUGGGGUCUGUCUCGGAUGAUGGUGUGGCGAGGCUUCGCGGUCACCAUGGGCUGGAACACUUUCUUCCUCAUCCUGGCCACGAUCAUCUUAAAGCUGAGGACGUGACAGCCUCACCCCAGAGAACCUCCUUCAGUGUGGGGACAGAGCUGUCAGGUGAAGCCCAGGAGCCAACGAAUCACCUGGGGGCCUCCUGUCUGUGGACGGACUUGGGGCAGCAGAGAGCAGGAGGAGAGAGGGGUCACUGUGGUUUAAUAUGACUGAUGGGUUGAUCAUCAUUCUUCUUUCUCCAAAUUAUCUGUCACACACACACACACACACACAGAGUCAGCUGCCUGAUCCUGCAACAGUUGUUUUGGCCUGGUCAAGCGUGAAAAUUCAAAAUGCUGCACAUAGAAGUACACAAGACAGAAUAUGCAUGUGCACAAUAUGAGAAUAUUUGUUUAUUAAUGAAAUGAGGAUAGUGUGUAGUCUUGUACUUUGUUUCACUUAAUGUGCAGCUUGUUGAAACUUUUCACGCCCAGAAUGGUCCAUGUACCAACUCAGGGUCUUUUUUUUUUUUUUAUUAUUAUUUGUUUGCCCUUGGUCUUAAUGCUAAUAGAGAGAUUUGGUGGUGACUAUAACUGUAGGACAACGGUUAUGUCCGUACAGUACUUGUUCUCUACCAUUAAAUUGAGAAAUUGUAUGUAACUUUUAAAAUUAUGAAAUUGUCAGAAAAGGAGUCAGAACAACAAGACAAUUCUGGUUGCUUUACAAGCAGAGGAGAGGAUUGUUGUUGCAUUAUGUCGUGGGAACCCAGAAUAGGUUUUAAAGUGCUGAUCGCUUCAUAUUGUUCAGGAAAUUCUCACCCAUUCAGGCUUCCCACAGCAACAGUAUCUUCUACAGGUGCUUGUUUGUUAUGCCUGCAGAUUUACGUUCUAUCUGGUGUGUGACAGGAAGUGGUAACUGUGUCUCAUCUUGGUGCUCAGCUGUAAACCAUCGCCUAGACGUGCAUCGUCAUUGUUGUCAGUUCAGGUUGAUGGUGUCCUCCAUAACUUGUGUUUUGUGCCUGCAUCUCCGGUGGGAGAAAGAAGUGCGGUUAGAUGUUGAUUAUGGGAAAAUAUUGGUACUCCUUUGUUUGUUUGUUUUUUGUUUUUUUAUUACUCUCCACUUUGCUGGACAGAGUGGAGGCUGUUUGGUACUGCUCAUACUUUAUCCUUUGUUUAUGAAUCUUCCACCAACAAUAACACAGAAUAAAAGCACACAGGAGUAAUGCUGUUUUGGAUUCAACAUGUCAUGGAGAUGUGCCUUUAGGGUGCUGUGGUGUCUGCACUAUGGGGGGAAAAAGGGAAGACAAAUCCAAGCAAAAUCCAGAAAUGAGGAAUAACUAUGAAAUCUAGAUCACCAUGUAGUUGGAUUGUAGUUCAGAGUCAGUUCACUGUCAGUGCAGAACCAGUGGGAAGCAAAGGAAAGAGUUUGAGUCAAAAAGCUUGAUUUUCCUUCCUUUCUGUGUACAAAUAAUCAGUAUUGAAGACAGCUACAUACUUUGACUUUGUAUUAUUGGAUAUUUUAAGAUACAACACAAGCACAUUAUUUUGUUUUUAAAACAGAAAGCCAGUCUUUACAUUGUGGGAUAUUUUUCCAGUUAUAAGUGAGAUUUAAAAAAUAUAUACAUUUUGUAUAAAAAAAAAAAAUGAAACAUGUUAAAAUAAUGGAUGAAAGGAUAGGGGGGAAAAAAGUAACCAAAUUAUUAGGAGAAGAUACUCUGUUAAUAAACGAUAUCCAGUUAAUUUCUUUGCAUUUUACUAAUCUCUAUGAAGACAGGACAUAUUGAUCUAUAAAUCAAUGAGCUCUCUGUCUUGACCACAUGCAUUCUGCCUUUAAAGGAAUAGUUCCACAAUUUUGGAAAGUACACAUAUUUGCUUUCUUGCCAGGAGUUAGAUGAGGAGAUCAAUACCACUCAAGUCUGUACACUUAAUAUGAAGCUGCAGACAGUUAGCUUAGCUUAGCAUAAAGUCUGGAAACAGGGGGAAACAGCUAGCCUGGCUCUGUCUUGAAGCACCUCUAAAACUCACUAUUUUGUGUCCAGGUGCAGUGACUUCCUGGAGUCUUGUUGCGGAGAAUCCCAGAAGUCAGUAGUCUCGACCAAGAAAUAGUCGUCCCCCCCAAUCUCAGUCCAGCAUCACAUGUUGUGCCAAUGAAAUGUUUACAUUAAUCUGGAUGCAUGCCUAAUAAAUCAGAGUAUUUUUUAAUAGCAGAUGUUUUACCCAGUUCAGCUGUAGGACUAAACACAUCAUCCAGCAUGUGUAGAAGAUUAGAGGUGUUGAAGCCAUUAUGCUGUGUGUUGCAGUGCUGGUAAUGCCAGUUAUAUUAAUGUAAUGAAAAAUGUAUGUGUCCAUUAACAGGAUAAAUAAUGAAUCUUAAUGACUGUAAAUCCCCCUGAUUGGUUUCCGUUGGAUUACAUCAUGGUCUAAUGAUAAAGAUGUGUGUACAGUAUGUUGUGUAUUAGAUGUUGAAUCUUUAGGAGAGAGUUCCCUGCACUAUAAAUCUGCUGUUGUUCUUGUUGCUCUGCUGUACAUUCAUCAAUGUUCCUGUCGCACAUUUUAAGGGACAUUGUGUUCUUGUUUGGUAGGAAUAGGGGAGAGGUAGCCUCUUGCUCUUAUAGAAACAGCUUUCUAUCAUGUUCAGAUGGCACAACACGCUCCUAAAUUGACUCAACUGUGUUUUGCCAAACUGUGAGGAUACAUACUGUUGCUCUGUUUAUAUUCGUACCUUAACAGAAAGCUGAUGAUGAAUCCCACAUCCUGGUGGGAUUACCUCUGUGCCUCACUCGACUCCCAUCACACAAUAAUGUACCUUUUUAUAAAAUAAGUUUAAAAUGGUCGGCAAUCUCUGGUAAAAUUGGUACCGCUUACGUGAAAGUAUGGACAUUAUUCUGUUAUAUUGUGAGUACACUCUUUUACUUUGUUUGGACAAUUUCUGGAUAAUUGGGAUAUUAUUGCUAAAACUGUGUUAAAUCUGUGUAAGAUUGUCAUAUGGUGAUUUUUGUUCUAAAGUGCUCUAUAUCCAUUUUCGAGGAAUAACCUUAUGUUAUUAACAUUAUGUUAUUUAACAUAACUAUUAACUUUAAAAUACUUGUGCUCCAGUUACCUAUAAAACCAACUAUCCAUUAUGUAAAAGCAAGCAUCUUGGAGCAAAUCUCCUCAUGUAAAGAGCAUUUUAUAAGAUUUUCAUGAACUGCAAUUAUAGUACUGAAGACACUAUUUCAAAUAUGCUGAUUACAUAUUAAAAUAUUCCACUCCUGCUCCUAUAAUGCUAAAAAGCAGAGUCUCAUAAACGACUGAAGAUGCCCUCUCUGUGUGAGUUAUGUCUGUGUUGCUUUGUCUGUGGUUUGAAGUGCAAGGGACUCAUGGAAAAAGGCGUUGUCACAUGUAUCUGUGCACCAAUCGGACUUUUAGAAAUAUCUGGAUGGAAAGCUAGCCCAGGCAAUAUAAGCAAUCAAAUCUGAUCCAACCACAGCCACACAGUCCUCCAAAGCAGAUUAUCUGAGUUUUUUUUCUCUUAAUAAAUAAUAACUAUGGAUGUUUUUCCAAUCGUUUGGGACUUUAAGUCUAAAAUGGCAAUUAAUUAAGCAAUUAAAAUCUGAAUACUUACUAUGUCCUUCUUUAAUAUUUUCUUCCACUAUGACCUUAUUCAGAUUAAGGUAAUCAAAACUGUAUAUUUAGCCACUUCUCAAUCUGAUUUUUUACUUUAUCUGGUUAAUAUUUGAAUAUUACAGUUCACGUAAACAUGCUGUAUGUAAUAAUGUUAUGAAAGUUUGUGUUGCCAGGAAUUCCACUCUGCUCCAAACUUCAGUCGACUACCUCCGCUGUCUCUCCCCAAAGGACAUGUAAAACAUUUACACUCCUGUGUUGUGACAUGUGUGCACUGUGAUGGCAGACAUGCUUCGAUGAAGUUCUGUUCAUGUAUUUUGAAACAAUAAAGUUUGUUGAGAAAUCC